CGCGCGGCGCUGAGGGUGGGGCGUUGACGUUAUGACGAAGUAGGCGAGGGCGGGGCGGGCGCUGAGAAGUUCGCCCCGGACCUUUGCCCGGCCCCGCCCCCUCCCCGCCUCUCUUGCUGUUGCGACGCAGCUGGUGGUAGCUGCUGCUUCUGCGGGACACUCACCAUGGAAGAGACAGGCGAGGAGCCCCCAACAUCAGCUGUCCUUCUGGAUCAUUGCCAUUUUUCUCAGAUCAUCUUUAACAGUGUGGAGAAGUUUUACAUCCCAGGGGGAGACAUCACAUGCCAUUACACCCUCACCCAGCAUUUUAUUCCCCGCCGGAAGGACUGGGUUGGCAUCUUUAGGGUAGGAUGGAAGACAACCCGAGAAUACUACACCUUUAUGUGGGCUGCUUUGCCUGCUGACCUCCACAGUAAAUCAUCCUUGCAGCAACAAGUGCAGUUUAAAGCUUACUACCUACCCAAAGAUGAUGAAUAUUAUCAGUUCUGCUAUGUGGAUCAAGACGGUGUUGUCCGGGGGGCCAGUGUUCCUUUCCAGUUCCGUCCAGAAAGUGAGGAGGACAUCCUGGUGGUCACUACUCAGGGAGAAGUGGAGGAGAUUGAACAGCUCAACAAGGAACUGCGCCAACAGAACCAGGAGCUGAAAGACAACUGUCUUAGUCUCCAGAAACAGAACUCAGACAUGCAUGCUGAACUCCAGAAGGUUCAGGACCUGCAAGAGAAACUGGAAUCUCUAACAGAUAUCAAUAAGAAGUUGGAGCAGAAGGUCAGUGUCCUGAAUGAAGAAAAUGAGGGUCUGAAAGUACAGAAGGGCUGUUGGGAGACAGAACUACUUCAACUUAAAGUGCAGAACCAGAAUGUGUCUUCAGAAAAUGAGAAAAUGGGCAUCAGACUGAGGGCUACUCUGGAUCACCUUGAUAAGCUUGAGGCACAGAUUUCAGUUCGAGAGAAAGAAAUGGAGAAGCUGACUCAGGGAGACCGGGACAAAAUAGAACAGUUGGAGCGUUUGAAGAAGGAAAAUGAACAGUUGCUUCUCAGUUUGACUAAACAGAGGGAGCACCAGCAGAAGCUUGAACAUACUGUGGAGGAUAUGAAGCAAAAGGACACUACCGCUAACCGGAAGCAACAGGAGUUCACGGGACCUAGGGACAAGAAAGCACCAGUGGAGAAGCAGUUAGUACAGGAGGUGGAGCGGCUGAAAUCGAAGGUAGAGGCUGGGAGAGCAUGUUUCAUAGAGAAGUACAAAGAGUGUCAGCGCCUCCACAAACAGAUCAGGCAGCUGAAGGCUGCUGUGCUGAACCAGAUCAGUGACCUGAUGAAGAGGCUAGAUGAGAGCAAGUUUUUCUAUCAGGAGCUACAGAAAGAGAAGACAAGAGUAGAAGGAGAAAAAGAUCUCUUGCAGAAGGAAAAUGAGAGGCUGCUGUGUUAUGUAUGUAAUGAUUCUGGUUCUAAUCUGCUCUCUAACCCUAUUCCUGUUCAAGAAGCCCUGGAAGAAAACACUGGACUUGUCUUUGGAAAUCCUUAUGCUGCUGCCCAAGACAUCCAGUACAUCCCUAUUCUGCCCUCUAUUAAAAAGUGCCCCAUCUGCCAUGGGGUCUUUCCUGAUGAUGUCGAGGAAAACGUCUUUGAACAGCACCUGCAGACCCAUAUCCUGGACUGUCCAUUUUGUGAUGAGGUCUUCUCAGAGGCUGAGCGGCAGGUGUAUGAUGACCAUGUGUUCUGCCACUCACUCUAAAAAGUGUCACAAGUGCUUGGCCUCAGGUAGAAUAGACCAGAAAGCUCCUUUUAAUGAGUCAAGAUUGGAUCUAAACCUGAAACUACUAAUUCCACUCAGUCUCUCUUUCCUCUGUGGAUGGCAUCCUCUUCACCCAUCAUUGAGACAUUUGUUACCUGCUGCAGCCUUUUGGAUCAGUCUCUACUGUUAGCUCAGAUAAUAGCUUCAGUGAUACUAACCUGUAGCUUUUACCUUUCUAUAAAAGGACUCACUCAGACAGCCCUGGAAUGAGACUACCUUGGUUUUGCAAACUCCAGAACCUGGCUUGGGCACUAAAAUGAUUGGCCCUCUGUGUUACCUAAAUGCUAUUGAAUUGGGCAAGCCAAAAUGAAACCAGCUCAGAUGAAUUUGCAAUGUACUCACUUCUGGUCCUACAUCUAGAAGUCAUCCAAGGGGCUGGGGAUUUCACAUCCUGUUCCUUAGCUCUUUUGCUUCAACUAGCUGCUUUAAUUGGUCACAUUUAGCAAAGCUGAGAACUAAUGUGUCAUGUGAGGUGUUUUGCCCAACCUCUCCCUUCCCAUAGAAGUACAUUUUUCUGUAGCAAGUUUGGGGAGUUCUAUGAUCUUGAGCACAUGAAAUCUCACGAGAUACCUUCAACUGCUCCAGCUAUCACUUCCUAAUUUUGGCUUUUUUCUAUGCAAAAAUACAACCCUUGCUGUAAUGCCCUUUCAUAGCCAGUAAUUAGAAAUCAGUGGUUUGGAAUUGUUUUCCUCAGCAGCAGGUGGGUUUAAAUUAUUUUGGAUAAGCAAGAAUAAUGGAUAUUUAAAACAGUUCAUCUCUUGAUUGCUUGAAGAUAAAUAAAAUCCUCAUAUGUUUGACUUUGGUGAUUUAA